AUGCGUCCAGGAGCUAUUCGAAUGAUGGCGUCCCUCACGAGGACUUCUAUUCCACGGGUUUCAACAGCAAGUGAACCACCUCAUCUCUGCUUCCGUUCUUUCGUGGACGCAUUGCGUGAAGAUAAUGAUCUUGCAGAGAUCAAUGAGGAGAUUGAUCCAUAUCUCGAGGCAGCCGCAAUCACUCGUAGAGCAUCUGAGACCUUAGGAAAAGCUCCCCUCAUGAACAAUUUGAAGGGCAACAAAUAUGGUCUGUGGAGGAUUCUGGGUGCACCAGCAUGCCUCCGCUCCGAAGAGAAGGGCAUGUAUGGUCGCUUAGCGCGCCAUGUUGGUCUUCCGGUUGAUGCAACGAUGAGAGAGGUUAUGGACCAAAUGCUCUCUGCUAAGCAUAAAGAAGGAAUCAAACCGGUGGUUCUGGAGACGGGUCCAUGCAAAGAGAAUAUCAUAUCCGGUGAUCAGAUUGAUCUGACGAAGCUGCCAAGCCCUUGGCAACACGGUGCUGACGGUGGAGCUUAUCUUCAGUCUUAUGGUAUGCAUAUAGUGCAGUCUCCUGAUGGAUCCUGGACCAAUUGGUCCAUUGCAAGGGCUAUGGUCCACGACAAGAAUCAUAUGACUGGCAUAGUCAUGACACCACAGCAUAUUGGGGUCAUCAGAGACCAGUGGAAAGCCAUAGGGAAAGAUGUACCUUGGGCUUGCGCAUUUGGCGUGCCACCUGCAGCUAUCAUGGCAUCAUCGAUGCCGCUACCCGAUGGAGUCUCCGAGGGAGAUUAUGUUGGAUGCAUGACAGGUGCUCCUCUGAAGGUGGUGAAAUGCGAAAACAACGACCUUUAUGUCCCGGCAACCUCCGAGAUAGUCAUGGAGGGUACAAUCUCAAUCACCGAACGUGGCCCAGAAGGACCGUACGGAGAGAUGCAUGGCUACACGUUCAGAGGAGACGUCCAUGACGGUCCAUUGAUGAAGGUUGAUAAAAUCACAUAUCGCGACAAUGCCAUUCUACCAAUGUCGGUUCCGGGACGUGCAGUUGACGAGACACACACUUUAAUUGGAACACUUGCAUCCUGUGAGAUGCGUCAAAUUCUCCAAGAUGCCGGUAUGCCAGUCACCGAAGUAUGGACACCGUUUGAAGCUCAGGCUAUCUGGGCUGUCAUUAAAAUUGACGGAGAGAAACUCAGAGCUCUUAAGACGACGUCCGAGGAGUUUUGUCGAAAGAUUGCCAAGUUAUUGUUCUACGAAAAGCGUGGAAUGAUGGUCCACCGUCUCUUCAUCGUUGGCGAUGACAUUGAUGUUUACAACUUCAAGGAUGUCAUGUGGGCAUUUUCUACCCGUUGUCGCCCUGGCACCGAGGAAUACUUUUAUGAUGACGUUGGCGCCAUGCCUCUGAUUCCAUUCAUGUCCCAAAAUGCAAAACUUGGAGUUGAUCCUUGGAAGGGUGGCAAGAUAGUUUCCGAUUGUCUGUUGCCCCAAGAGUACACCACUGGUCCGAACUGGGAGACUGGAGACUUUGAGCAUGCCUACCCUAAAGCUAUGCAAGAGAAGAUCUUAAAGAAUUGGUCUGCUAUGGGUUUUGACAACUGA